CCCCGCCGCUGCGCCCCGCGCUCCGGACCCCGGGCCCCCGCGGCCGGGACAAAGCCAUGAAGCCGGCGCUGCUGGAAGUGAUGAGGAUGAGCAGGAUCUGCCGGAUGGUGCUGGCCACUUGCUUGGGCUCCUUCAUCCUGGUCAUCUUCUAUUUCCAAAGUAUGUUGCACCCAGUCAUGCGGAGGAAUCCCUUCGGCGUGGACAUCUGCUGUCGGAAGGGGUCUCGGAGUCCCCUGCAGGAGCUCUACAACCCGAUCCAGCUGGAGCUCUCCAACACUGCUGUCCUGCACCAGAUGCGGCGGGACCAGGUGACUGACACGUGCCGGGCCAACAGCGUCACGAGCCGCAAGCGGCGGGUGCUGACGCCCAGCGACCUGAAGCACCUGGUGGUGGACGAGGACCACGAGCUCAUCUACUGCUACGUGCCCAAGGUGGCGUGCACCAACUGGAAGAGGCUCAUGAUGGUGCUGACGGGGCGCGGCAAGUACAGCAACCCCAUGGAGAUCCCGGCCAACGAGGCGCACGUUUCCGCCAACCUGAAGACCCUCAACCAGUACAGCAUCCCUGAGAUCAAUCACCGCUUGAAGAGCUACAUGAAGUUCCUGUUCGUCCGCGAGCCCUUCGAGAGGCUGGUGUCCGCCUACCGCAACAAGUUCACGCAGAAGUACAACACCUCCUUCCACAAGCGCUACGGCACCAAGAUCAUACGGCGCCAGCGCAAGAACGCCACCCAGGAGGCACUGCGCAAGGGCGACGACGUCAAGUUCGAGGAGUUCGUGGCCUAUCUCAUCGACCCGCACACCCAGCGCGAGGAGCCCUUCAACGAGCACUGGCAGACCGUCUACUCCCUCUGCCACCCGUGCCACAUCCGCUAUGACCUCGUGGGCAAGUACGAGACCCUGGAGGAGGACUCCAAUUUUGUCCUGCAGCUGGCGGGCGUGAGUAGCUACCUGAAGUUCCCCACCUACGCCAAGUCCACGCGAACUACUGACGAGAUGACCACGGAGUUCUUCCAGAACAUCAGCUCGGAGCACCAGACGCAGCUCUACGAAGUCUACAAACUUGACUUUUUAAUGUUCAAUUACUCAGUGCCGAGCUACCUGAAAUUGGAGUGAAG